ACCUGGAGGCCCGGGGGGCCCAGCUCCCGUGGGGAGCCGUGGGCGCCCGCUGCCCGGGCCGGGCCGACGCUGCCCAGCUCCCUGGCGGUGGCCCAUGAGCUGCGUCCUCUGCCCCCGGCGCGCAGCGGGCCCCCAACGCGAUGUGUGUUUGUCAAACCAUGGAAGUGGGGCAGUACGGCAAGAGCGCGAGUCUGGCCGGAGACCGCGGGGUCCUCCUGGAGCCCUUCAUCCACCAGGUGGGCGGCCACAGCAGCAUGAUGCGCUACGACGACCACACGGUGUGCAAGCCCCUCAUCUCCCGCGAGCAGCGCUUCUACGAGUCCCUCCCGCCCGAGAUGAAGGAGUUCACCCCCGAGUACAAAGGGGUGGUGUCCGUCUGUUUCGAGGGGGACAGUGAUGGUUACAUCAACUUAGUGGCCUACCCGUACGUGGAAAGCGAGGCGGUGGAGCAGGACGACACGCCCGAGCGGGAGCAGCCGCGGCGCAAGCACUCCCGCCGGAGCCUGCACCGGUCCGGCAGCGGCAGCGACCACAAGGAGGAGAAAGCCAGCCUGUCCUUCGAGACCACUGAGAGCUCCCAGGAGGCAAAGAGCCCGAAGGCGGAGCUGCACAGCCACUCGGACGUCCCCUUCCAGAUGCUGGACGGCAACAGCGGCCUGAGCUCCGAGAAGAUCAGCCACAACCCCUGGAGCUUGCGCUGCCACAAGCAGCAGCUGAGCCGCAUGCGCUCCGAGUCCAAGGACCGGAAGCUCUACAAGUUCCUGCUGCUGGAGAACGUGGUGCACCACUUCAGGCGCCCGUGCGUGCUGGACCUGAAGAUGGGCACCCGGCAGCACGGCGACGACGCGUCCGCCGAGAAGGCGGCCCGGCAGAUGCGCAAGUGCGAGCAGAGCACGUCGGCCACGCUGGGCGUCAGGGUCUGUGGCAUGCAGGUGUACCAGCUGGACACAGGGCAUUACCUCUGCAGGAACAAGUACUAUGGCCGGGGGCUCUCCAUCGAAGGCUUCCGCAGCGCCCUCUACCAGUACCUGCACAACGGCGUGGACCUGCGGCGCGACCUUUUUGAGCCCAUCCUGAGCAAACUGCGGGGCCUCAAGGCCGUGCUGGAGCGACAGGCCUCCUACCGCUUCUACUCCAGCUCCCUGCUCGUCAUCUACGACGGCAAGGAGUGCUGGCCCGAGUCCUGCCUGGACCGCCGCUCCGAGAUGCGUCUCAAGCACCUGGACACGGGGCUGCCCGAGGUGGCGCCACCCUGCGGCCCGAGCACCAGCCCGGGCAGCUCCAGCAGCACCAGCCUCGAGGGCGUGUCCUCUCCCAAGGUGGACGUCCGCAUGAUCGACUUUGCACACAGCACGUUCAAGGGCUUCCGGGAUGACCCCACCGUGCACGACGGGCCGGACCGAGGCUACGUGUUCGGCCUGGAGAACCUCAUCAGCAUCAUGGAGCAGAUGCGGGACGAGAACCAGUAGGCCCAGCUCGGGGCCCGGAACCCCUCCCUCUCCACCCGCAGGCAGGGACCACUGAUCGGAACUCGCCGUGAGGACACACAGACUUGCUUUUAAAGGGUUAUAUUUCUCUUGGGUAUAAACUAAAAGAAAUGUUUUUAGCUGUAGCCUGGCAUCCAUAUAUAUAUAACCCAGAGGAGAGCAGAGCACACGUCCUCAGCCAGGCUCUGCAGCUCCGCCUGCUGUGUCCAGGCUGACUCAGUGGAGGUGCCCCUGGGGGGCUUGCAGCAGGGACAGGGUGCCCUUGGACAUUGGUUUCUCUUGCCUAGGUUUUUGGGGCCUGUGGCUGCAGGGCCCUGCUAAUUGUGGGGUGAAGCCCUGGGCUCAUGCAGGGCCCCUCCAUGCCCAUUCACCCUUCGUUCCUUGGAAGUAGAGGGAUUGGGUGCCCCUUUCUAGGGGCAUGUACCCUAGUGUUGUGGGUGUCAGCCUCUCUUUGACUGACGCUCCCAGGGCACUACAAGGCCAGCUGUGCCCAGCUGGGGCCCUCCAUUCUGUUCCUGGCAUGAGGCUGGAUUCAGAAUCUGGGCUGACGCCGGCUGAGGGCUGAGGGCUGAGGGCAGGCCCUGGGAUUCCCAGGCCCUCGGGCACUUGGACCUGCUGCUCUUCCUGCCUGCACCCCCAGCCAGCCUUUCUCACCAAGAUCCCUGCCUACGGAGUCCCCGCCCCUUGUCCCACUGAAGGGGGCCCUGCUCCAUUUGCCGAAGAGCCUGUCCCACCAGGCCUCGGGGCGUCUGGCGGCUCUAGCCCAGACGGUGUCCGCAGUUCUCGUGCCGUGGGCGGGAGUCCCGUCCUCUGGGUGGGCAGCUGUGCUGCUCCGGGUGGGCUGCUGCUCGCAGGCUCGGGCUGUGGUCCGCUCAGGGUCUCGCUUCCCCAGCCAAGCUCCAGGCAGCAGCCCAGGUCGGGAGCUCUCCGCUUGGGAGGGAGAGCUGCAAGCUGGCCUGCACACAGGCACACGGUCUGCACCCGAUGCAGGGCCCGGGCUCUGCUGGAGAGCUUUGUCUUCUCGGUCCUGGAGUCCAUCAGUCUGUCCAUUUGUCCAUCUGCCAGCUCCAGUCUCGGGAUCCUCCCCUGGGUGUAGCCUUGUUCAUUAGUGAGAACGGAUUUCCUUCCUGCUUUCCUCAGCAAAGGAUCUCGCUCCCAUUUCUGAGGUGAGCUUUGCCCCUGUGCCCUUCAGCAGGUGCUGCCUUUUCACGAAGAAUGGGGAGCAGAAUGCAUUGUGGGAGGCGUUUCCCUGCUGGCCCAGCACCCUCUGUGGCCUGGAGUGUGGCCCCUUUAACACUCAAUACUGACAGUGCAGGGCAGGCCCCGGAGGACCCCUCCCUCCCCUCCCCAUGGCCCAGAAGCCUGCCGCCUCCACUUGUGGCCAGGAGGUGACACUGCACUCCCCUAACCAUUGCCAAGGUUAGUGCCCUCCCCUCGGAGCCCAGGGCCACUGCCACGGUCACUUCGGGCAUUAAAGGGAAGCUUGCUGCCAGUGUCUGAGAGGCCUUGGUGGCUGAGGGGGGUUCCCUGGCCUCAGAUGCAGCCUCAGCAUCUUAAACGGGCUCCUUGAUGGGCCCCAUCUCGCUCGGCCUCUGACGCUGUGCCAGUGGUGGGCAGGUUCCCAUUCCUUGGGCCUGGGGGGACAGCUUGCUCGUCCUGGUCCGUAACGACCGCCUUCGCUCCUGUACCUCCUGUGGCUUCAGCCAUCGGGCAGCAGCUCUUCAUAGUGUAGCCCGCCCUUUCCCGGCAAGGCAGAGGCGGAGACGGCCCAGCCCGGAGGUGUGCUGUGCCUCCCGAGUUCUGUAUUUGGGGAGCAGAUGUACCCUCUUAUAGUGUCUUCCUGGCACUAGGAGCAGGGGCCUGGGAUUUGCUGCUUCUCCCCCAGGGGGGUCCCCUCUUUUCAGCACUUCUGACACUUGGAGACCAAGCCCUGUUACCGGGCAGGUGGUGGGCAUGUGUGUGCGCUCACCCCUUCCCCACUGCUCUGCCAGCGCCCUGUGCCCACCGGGCCCUGCCUUCCCAGCCCCAACUUGGGACCAAAGUGAACCGUGGGAUCACGGUUGGAGCACUCGAGUGACCCUUGUCCAUAGCGCUUCCUUAGGCCAAGUGACACUAGCCCCUGGGGGUGGCAUUGGGUGGUGCUUAAAGAGGAAGGGACCAGUUUAGCAAUUAGCCAGGGACCCCCCCCUCCCCCAUUGGGGCCUGUGCAGGGGGCGUGGGGACUCCUAAGGGGCCAAAGGCCUAGGCUAGUUCCAUAGCCGCUGCUCACUCGCUCGCACCUGGCCACGUGCACGCCCCCUAGAUGCAGAUUGCUUUGAACUUCAGUGCUCUUCAAUUUGGUUUUCUUUGUGCCGAUUUAAAAAGUGGUUUAAUGAGGAAAAAACUUGGAGAACCCUGGGAGAAUCCUUUGCGUCUCCCGGAACUGUAAGGCUUUGCCUCGGAAUCGCUUCUUGCUCCACUUUCCUGUCCACGCCGCCCGAAGCCUGCGCCGGGACACUCGUGGCCGGGGCCGCGUCGGCGCAGUGGCGCGUGUGCGGGACGUUGCGUGCGGGGAGGGGUGCUUAGACCCCGGGCCGAGCUGCUCCUUUCCGUCCGCCCCGCGCUGCCCGCCCGCUUGUGUCUGAGGUCGUGUCUGUCGAAAUAAAGCCGCUAAAACUCA